AUGGGAGCGGUGCGAGUCAAUAGAUACAGCAUCGUUUCCACAGAUGAAGAUGCCCUGAAGAUCUCCAGCCAGGGUCUCCAUAAUGGCCACAAUCUGGGCACCGGCCGCCUGCGCAGCCGCUUUGUGAAAAAGAACGGCCAGUGCAAUGUGGUGUUCAACAACAUGGAGGAUAAGCCACAACGAUACCUGGCUGACAUUUUCACCACCUGUGUGGACAUACGCUGGCGCUACCUGCUGCUCAUUUUCACCACCACCUUCCUUUUGUCUUGGCUGGUGUUUGGCCUGAUCUUCUGGGGAGUGGCGCUUGCUCAUGGAGACUUUAACCUUAAGGGAGGGGAUCCUCGAAGCAAUGUAGAGGAUGAAAAAGACGAAUGGCGGCCAUGUAUUCUCCACAUCCAGGGUUUCAUUGGGGCGUUCCUCUUCUCCAUAGAGACACAGACCACCAUUGGAUAUGGUUUCCGGUGUGUUACUGAAGAGUGCCCAGUCGCUGUGGCGACUGUGGUGGUCCAGUCCAUCAUGGGCUGCAUUAUUGACUCCUUCAUGAUUGGGACCAUAAUGGCAAAGAUGGUGCGGCCCAAGAAGCGGGCACAGACCUUGCUGUUCUCGCAUCAUGCCGUCAUAGCUCUGCGAGAUGGUAAGCUGUGCCUUAUGUGGCGCCUUGGGAACAUGCGCAAGAGCCACAUUGUCGAAGCACAUGUGCGGGCUCAGCUCAUUAAGUCGCAUGUGACGGCGGAGGGUGAGUACCUCCCUUUGGAGCAAACAGACAUUGAUGUCGGCUAUGAUGAUGGGCUGGAUCGGCUGUUUCUGGUGUCACCACUGGUCGUGGUCCAUGAGAUCAACAAAAACAGUCCUCUGUAUGACCUAAGUUGCUCUGACCUGCUCAAGGAAGACUUUGAGAUUGUGGUCAUUCUGGAGGGGAUGGUGGAGGCCACAGCUAUGACCACACAGGCCCGGAGCUCUUACCUGGCCAAGGAGAUCCUGUGGGGUUACCGUUUUGAGCCUGUGGUCUUUGAAAAGGGUAACCGCUACCACGUGGACUACUCUCGCUUUCAUAAGUCCUACGAAGUGCCAUCUACGCCUCGCUGCAGUGCCAGGGAACUGAGUCAGAACCACCUCCUGGGCCCUCACUCCCCCAGUGCUUUCUGCUACGAGAACGAGGUAGCUUUGUGCUGCGGGGACGACGAGGAUGAGGAAAAUAUGACAGAGAAGCUGGGGAGCCUAAAUGUAGUAAGUGACAGAGAGGUAAAGAUGAGAGAGGACAUUCACUUGGGUUUUAAAGAGACAUUUGUGGAGGAGCAGACAGUGCAGAUGCUGUGUGUUUUAGACACAGAGAAUCAGAUCAGCCUUGACAGACUACAGCCCACCCUACCGUUAUACAUCAGCAGAGAGUCAGGAGUUUAA